AUGUCCGACUCGGACACCAUGGCCGACACGGAGCCGGACAAGAAUGGUUACAAGAGCGUGGAUGCCGCAGACGAGGAGCAGGCGAUAAGGCACGGUACGCAGCCCGACGACGCUUUCGUGACACUGCGCGAGGGACGCGACUUGGCGCGGGGACUGCGCCAGCGCCAUAUCAGUCUGAUCGCGAUCGCUGGUGCGAUCGGCACAGGUCUUUUCUUGGGCCUCGGCGGCGCGAUCCAGACCGCCGGGCCGCUCGGCGCGCUCUUGGGCUACGCGACCGUGGGCCUGGUCGUGUGUGCGGUGCAGUUUGCGCUCGGCGAAGUGACUGCGCUACUUCCGGUGACGGGCUCAUUUGUGCGCCAUGCCGAAUUCUUUGUAGACCCCGCGCUGGGUUUCGCGAUCGGAUACAAUAUCGUGUACGGCAACUGGAUGUCGAUUCCAGCCGAGUUCUCGGCGAUCUGUGUCCUGUUCCAGUUCUGGACGGACGUGUCGUCGGCGGUGUGGAUUGUUGUCUUUAUCCUGCUGACUUCCGCGGUGGGCAUGUCGCUGAUCCGUGUCUAUGGCGAGGUGGAGUACUGGUUUGCGCUGCUUAAGAUCAUCUUUAUCGUCUUUCUCAUCAUCCUCGGCCUUGUGAUUAACCUGGGUGGCGUAUCUGGAGUGCCACGCCUCGGAUUCCACUACUGGGACACGCCCGGGCCGUUUGUCGAGUACAUCGCAUCCGGGUCCUGGGGCAAGUUUUUGGGCUACUGGGCGGUGAUGACGUCUGCCGUCUUUUCUUUUGCGGGCACCGAAUCGAUUGCGAUGGCCGCUGCCGAGACGCAGAGUCCCCGCCAAGUAAUCCCCAAUGCGUGCAAGCGGGUAUUUGUGCGAGUGACCGUCUUUUAUAUUCUUGCCGUGCUCAUCGUCGGCAUGCUGGUCGCGAGCGACGAUCCACGUCUGGACAACCAGUCUGGCACCGCGGCGCAGUCGCCGUUCGUCAUUGCAUCGAGCGCUGCGCAGAUCCGUGCGAUUCCCUCGGUGGUGAAUGCGGUGGUGAUCACCUCGGCGUGGUCCUCGGCGAACCAGGCGCUGCUGGCGGGCACGCGUGUCCUCUAUGGCCUUGCGCUGAAGGACCAGGCCCCCAAGGUCUUUUUGCGCACCACGAGCUGGGGCGUGCCGUAUGUGUGUGUCGCGCUGCAGAGCGCCUUUAUGUUGCUCGCGUUCAUGUCGCUGUCGAACACUGCGCUGACCGUCUUUUACUGGUUCGUGAACCUGACGGCGUGUGGUGUGCUGAUUUCGUGGAUCACCAUCCUGCUGAACCAUUAUCGCAUGCUCCUGGCGCUCAAGAAACAAGGCAUAUCCACGCGCGAGCUGCCGUGGCACAAUCGCUGGACGGCGUAUUCGACGCCCGUUGCGCUCGUCGUUUGCGUCAUCAUCCUCCUGACUGGCGGUUUUAGCGUCUUUACGCGGGGCAACUGGAGUGCGAGCGGCUUUGUAUCGAGCUAUCUCGACAUUCCGCUGGUCCUUACCGCGUUUGUCCUAUGGAAAUGGAUAAAAAAAACGAAAAUUGUGUCGCUUGUCGACAUACCGCUCCGCGCGGCGCUCGACGAGGUCGAGCGGCAUCCCGAGCAAAAAUUGGAGGAGCCGCGCGGUUGGAAAAAGUUGCUGGGAAUGUUGUGGGACUAG